GCGUAAAGUGACGUCGUACGCAAUAGGUUGUGUUGUCACCGCAGGGAAAUACAGAACAUUUUUCUAUGUUUGUUCCUAGUUUCGCCACAUCAUGCGGCUCCGAAUGAUGAGCUGACAUUUAUUUUAAGGUGGUUUAGCAAUAAAAUAGUUCGCUUCUUACUUUAUACAGAGACGCCUGCUUUGAAGUUCUGCUGCAGUUUGAAUUAUGUUUUAAUAUUACAGAUUUUUUAAGACUGCCAUGCAAACGUGCUAGGAAGAUGUCAACAAUUUGGAGUCAACGAAUCUGUCACCUUGACUGAAGUAUUGCUAAGUCUGCAGACCGUGAAAGCCGAGUGAAAAUGAUAAAGAGCACGUGUCGAUGUUUGAUAGUCCAGCCAGAAUGCUAAACGAUAUUCCCGGCACCUGAACCCCAUUGAUAAAUAUAAACCAAUCCACCUGCUGCCCACACACACACACACACACACACACACACACACACAAUCCAUCCAUCUUCCACCCUGUUAAUUUCCUAGGCAGAAAAAAUGACCAAACAAUUGCAUGAGAUCAGUGACCUUAUUACCCAGUCUUCUCCCCAUUCCUAACUUUUACCUCCACUUCACUUUUUCACGACUGAAUUAUUCCCAGCCCUGAACUUGACAGCCUCUUUUAAACCUGUCCCCACCCCAUCCCCAUAACCCAGGUCACAUCAGACCUGCAGCAUUGCCAUGCUGGGCUGUGUUCUGCGUAGGAGCAUGUCUCACAAACUGAGUGUGUUUCUGGUGCUCUUCGGCCUGGCCUGGUGUCUGCUGCUGCUUCACUACACUGUCACACAACCACGCCGGGAGAGCAGCGCAGAGCUGCGUCAACAGAUCCUUGAGCUCAGCCAUCGCUAUGUCAAAGUCCUUAGCGAGGAGAACCAGAACCCUUCAAGGCCCCAUGGCACUUCCAUGGCUGGAUAUGCUGACUUGAAGAGGACAAUUGCUGUGCUGUUAGAUGAUAUUCUCAACCGUUUGGUGAAGCUGGAGGGGAAAGUGGAGGCUGCUGUGAACGCUUCCGUGCACAACAUCUCCCAUCCUGCUGGUGGUGCCGGCACUCUCCUUGCUGCCAAAGUUACUGUUUCCAGGCCCACCAAACAAAAUAUGCCUGGCCACCGGCCAGACAGGCGUAGUAACCCUCUGCACUUCCUGCCACAGUCACCUGACAGGCCACAUAAGCCAAAAUCUUUAAAAUAACAAACUGUGGCCAUGGACAUCUGUGUCACUACAGAAAAGACUGUUCAGAGAUUUUAUAUAUAUAUAUAUAAUAUAUAUAUAUAUAUUAGACUAAAGCAGCUUUUAGACAUUUUUUUUUAGUUGUGCAAAUGAGCUUCAGCUUGAUUGUUUUGUCUUUUAUUCAUGGUUCAGAAAUAUAUUUUAUAACUUAUGUGCAAUAUAGAAUAUAAGAACUGAUUGAAUGAUAGGAUGAAGUUUUUAACAGAAGACUGAUUUUUGAUAUAUGAGUGUUUCAUAAUGUAUUUGCAAAAGACUCCAUGUACAGCAUCAUCUCCACAGCUAGCUACUGGUGUGUAGUGCACUUAAAUGGAUACCUGAGCAAAGGCGCCUUUUAAUUGUUAGGAUUACAUGCGUUUCUACGCAUUAAUUAUUAACUGUGGAGAAAAUGAGCUGAUCCAAAGAAUAUUCUCUGUGAAUAGUUGAUUGAUGUUCUAUUGCAGGCUGAUUCGGUUGGGAUUUACCUCAGUUGAUGCAGCAUUCAGCUUUCAGAAUGAACUGUAUCCCAGAUACCACAACUCAAUCCAUGCAAUAAAAGAUGUACCAGACUUCA